UGUGAGUAGAAGCUGGCUACGUACUUCCCCAUUGCUGAGGUAGGGAAACUUGAGGAGGAUUCUAAGAACAUCCUGGACAUCCUGGAGAAAGCCUUUGAGAGUAUCCGUUCAAAGAUAAACAUCCGAGCUGAAGAUAAACCGAAAGCCAUGAUGACGGAGAUCCUGUCAGCCAGUGGCCAGAGCGCAGAGGCCGGAACUUUCCGCCUUCCGCCUGGACAAAUCGGCCAGUAUAAGCUGAAGGUGCAAGCCAGUCAGAUGUUUGAGGACGAGCCAGUGUGCCAGGCAGACUCUACUGUCCGUGAGGGCACCAUGAGGGUGAAGCCCACCACCUUCAGUAAGGCUCUGCAGCUCCAAGCCAAAGUGCUCUGCCCCGUGUGCAAGUGCGAGUCGUUGAAGUCUGUGAAAGCCCAGAGAUGCAAUCUGCAUGGAGACCUGGUCUGUGGAAAAUGCCAGUGUUACGAUGGCUGGUUGGGUCCCUACUGCAACUGUUCGGCCACUGCCUCGAACGCCAACAUGGCACGCUGCAUCAAGCCGGGCGAGACGGAGCCCUGCUCUGGGCGUGGUGACUGCCUGUGUGGCAACUGCGUCUGCUACAACCCCAGCCAGAUCGAGGGCGAGUUCUGCCAGUACGACAAGACCCAGUGCACACGUUUUGGUGGAGCCCUCUGUAAUGAUCGUGGCCUCUGCUCCAUGGGAAGCUGUACGUGUGACAACGGCUGGAAGGGCCUAGCUUGCGAGUGUCCAAUCAGCAAUCAGACGUGCCUGGACAGCAAAGGGGUCAUGUGCAAUGGACGAGGUGUGUGUAAGUGUGGUCGCUGUGAGUGUCAGGCGUUUGACAUGCCCCUUGGCCCUACCUGCGAACUCAGUGUCCGGGCUCAGCUGGGCAUGUGUGAGGACAGGCGGGCCUGUGUCCAGUGCCAGGCCUGGAAGACUGGGGAGAAGAAGGACUCGGAGGAGUGCAAAAACUGUCCCUUCAAGAUCAUAAUGGUGGACGAGCUCAAAGACAGGGAACAGGUGUUUGAGUCCUGCAGCUUCCGUGAUGAGGAUGAUGACUGCACCUAUCACUACACAGUGGGAUCAGAUCCCAAAAUUAAGGAGACUACUGUGGAGGUGCUGAAGAAGAAAGACUGUCCUCCUGGUGGGUUCCUGUGGCUCAUCCCUCUCAUCAUGUUUCUCAUGCUUUUGCUGGGACUACUGCUGCUCUGCUGCUGGAAGUACUGCGCCUGCUGCAAGGCUUGUUUGGCGUUGCUUCCUUGUUGUGGGAGAGGUCGCACUGUGGGCUUUAAGGAGGACCACUACAUGCUGCAGCAGUCUCUGCUGACGUCGGACCACCUGGACACCCCCAUGGUCCGCACUGGGCCCCCGAAAAGCACAGACGUGGUGCGCUGGAAGAUCACGGACAACGUGCACCGUGGACCCGACCACCCUCUGGCCCGAGUCCAGCCCAACCCUAAAGAGACCAUCCAGUUCCCUCUCUCGCUGCGGCUGCAGCGGCUCUUCUCCGAGAGUCUGUCUCGCCCAGAGAGUCGUGACGCUGAGGCCCUCCGCCACGAGGUGGAGGAUAACCUGAAUGAAGUGUACAAGCAGAUUCCUGGGUCUCAUAAAGUGACCGGCACUGCCUUCAGGACACAGAGAAAUGCUGGCAAAAGGCAGAACAACACCAUCGUGGACACGGUUCUUGCUGCUCCUCGCUCCGCCUACCCCGACAUCGUCAAGCUGACCAACAAGCAGGUGCAGGCCAGUACCUUCAGCAACAUGAAGGUCGUCCCGGGCUACUACACCGUGGCAACAGACCGAGAGGCUAUGGGGGCAGUGGAGCUACAGGAAGGUGUGGAGUCUGUGGACGUGCGUGUGCCACUCUUCAUCAAAGACGAGGAUGAGGAGAAGAAACAGCUGCAGGUGGAGGCUCUCGAUGUGCCCCUCGGCAUUGCCAAGCUCGGCCGCAAAUUCGUCAACAUCACCGUCGUCAAGGAGCACGCCAAGAGCAUCCUGACAUUCCUGCAGCCUGCAUACACAUACAGCCGCCAAGAAGGCGUGGCUAACAUCCCCAUCAGCCGGGAGAUCAUUGAAGACGGACGCACACAGGUCACCUACCGCUCCCGUGACCUCACCGCCAAGGACAAGAAGGACUAUAUGACCGUGGAGGGCGAUCUGACUUAUCAGCCGGGCGAGACUCAGAAAAUGGUUCCCGUAAAGCUGCUGGAACUGGGCGAGGCCGACGGUCUGCUGGAUGACCGGCAGGUCAAACAGUUUGUCAUGGACCUGAGCAACCCGCGCCAGGGAGCCAAGCUGGGCCGAUACCCACGCACCACCAUCACCAUCGCAGACAAGCCUGAGCCCAGUGUGAUGAUGUUUAAGAAGGGCACCCAGACCUUCACGACCUCUGACCCUGUCUACAACAUUCCCGUGGUCCGGACCCGGAACCUGGAGGGCCCGGCCACCGUGCACUGGCGGACCCGAAAGGCGUCUCGCUUUGAGGUGUCUGGCCCGCUGAAGUUUGGCCCAGGCGAGAGCGAGAAGAACGUUGUGAUCGACGCACGCUCCCAUCCAGGGCCCAUCAACCCAGAGACCUUCCAGCUGGAGCUGUUUGAGCCGGGCCCCAACACCGCCGUGGGAGAGAGGAAGACCACACUGGUCAACGUCACUGACCCUGGUGGCGAUAUGAAAACCCAGGACAUGAUCCCGCUGCAGAAUAUGGGCUUCAUAAACCAGCAGACAUCUCCAGGAGUGCCCACCAACAUCAAGGCCAAUGCCACCGGCCCCCGGAACAUCCGCCUCAACUGGAACCCAAUGCCUGGGGCCCUCGGCUACAAGGUGAAACACUGGAUCUACGGAGACCCGGAAGAGGAUGGUCAGGUGACCGAUGUGAAGUCGCCCCAGGCUGAGCUGACCAACCUGUACCCGUACUGCGACUACGAGAUGCGGGUGCGCAGCUACAACGCCAUGGGAGAGGGAAGCUACAGCGACAUGGUGCCCUGUCAGACCCUGGAGGAUGUGCCCAGUGAGCCGGGUCGCCUGGCCUUCAACGUCCUCAGCCCCACGGUCACUCAAGUGAGCUGGGCUGAGCCCGCGGAGCCCAACGGCAUCAUCACAGACUACGAGGUCAUCUACACGCCCAUCGACGAGGACAGCAAGCCCAUAGGCACGGACAAGAAGGUGAAAAUUGACAACGCAAAGAAACGCAUGUUGCUGAUCGAGAACCUGCAGCCCCACCAGACGUACCUCUACAAGGUGCGGGCCAAGAACAGCAUUGGUUGGGGACCGUUCCGCGACGCCACCAUCAACCUGGCAUCGCAGCCCAGCAGACCCAUGUCUAUUCCCAUCAUCCCUGAUAUCCCCAUCGUGGACGCGGAGGCGGGUGACGAGUAUGACAGCUACCUGAUGUACAGUAACGAGGUGCUGCGGACCCCUAACAGCUCCAAGAGCCCCAGUGUGGUCGGAGACGACCAUACGGUGAAUGGCAAGUGGGACCAGAGUUUCCUCUACCCCGGCGGUUCCGACUCUCUCACUGGCUCCCUCUCACGCAACAUCAGCUCCGCGUCGUCCAGCUACAACCAGCUGUCGAACCUCCCCCACGCCAACUUCAAACACGGAAACUCUGCCAGCAGCAUGACCAUGGAGACCACCAACACCUACGUGUCAGGCCAAGGGGGCUCGAUGUCACGGCAGGUUAUCUCAAAAGGCGGAGUCCCUGCCAGAGAUGUGAUUAUGAGGAAGCGCUCUGAGAACCGUGGUUACUAUGACGACAACGUGCGGGAUUCCAUCGUUAUGGGCGAUUUGCAGGCUGGAUUCAUGGACAGCAUGAGUGGCUCAGGCUACACUAAGACCCUGACCAACUUCAGCAUGACUGCCGGCUCCAGGGGACGCACGCAGUCGGAGGAUGUGAACGAGGCCCUCAUGAACCUGGACAGGGUGCUCCUGGAGUCCCGGACGAACCCUGGUGUCCCCGACACCCCGACCCGCCUGGUGUUCUCGGCUCUGGGGCCCACGGCCCUCAAGGUCAGCUGGCAGGAACCCCACUGUGAGAGGGACAUCCUGGGCUACUGCGUCCUCUACCAGCUGCUCAACGGAGGCGAGAUGAAGCGCAUCGAGGUGACCAACCCGGCGCAGAAUUCGGUGGUGGUGCAGGAGCUGCUGCCCAACCACUCGUACGUGUUCAAGGUCAAGGGUCAGAGCCAGGAGGGCUGGGGGCCAGAGAGGGAGGGCGUCAUCACCAUCGAGUCCGCCGUCGACCCCAACAGCCCCCUCAGUCCCAUGCCUGGCUCUCCGUUCACUCUGAGCACGCCCAGUGCCCCAGGGCCGCUGGUGUUCACUGCCCUGAGCCCCGACACGCUGCAGCUGAGCUGGGAGAAGCCGCGGAAGCCCAACGGGGACGUCCUGGGCUACGCGGUCACCUGCCAGCAGCUGCACGGAGGAGGUGACUUGCGCUCCUUCCAGGUAGGCGGUGACAAUGCCGAGACGAGCCUGACAGUGUCUGACCUGCAGGAGAACGUGCCCUACAAGUUCAAAGUUCAAGCGCGGACCACCCAGGGCUUCGGGCCCGAGAGAGAAGGCAUCAUCACCAUCGAGUCCCAGGAUGGAGGCUCCAUGUCUCAGUAUAACAGUCAGUCCAUGAGCAGUAGAGAGGUGUUCCAGAUGCCAGGGGAAUCCACCACUCACACCAACGUAACACACACCAAUUUCAGUGGUCCCUACUUCUCUGGAGAUAUGCAAGAGGUCACAGGGGGCAUGAUGAUGACCAGUCAGCGUAUGGAGAGCAGUGGAACCUUCACACGUCAGGUGAUGCAGGAAGUGGUGCAAAGGGGCGUGGUCUCCAGCACAAGUGUGACCAAGCGCACGGAGAAUAAAUACUACGAGGCCUAAGGACACACACACACACACACACACACACACACACACACACACACAACACACACACACACACACAAACACAUACUCAAAGCCAAUGCAAAAGGGACAAACUAGUUUUAGAAACAGGUCAGCAAUGUUACCUGUAAUUUUCCUGGAAACAAACAGAUGACCCUUUUGAGAGACCAAAGUCUGUUACAGCCUCAGUAUGGCAUGACAAACCGUCUUCCCUUGUUCCCGCGUCUUCAGGGUCACCAUGGGAACACACAGGUCUAUUCAGUUCCGUCUCGUUGUAGAACUUGAACUCAUAUCAUCUCAAAGACCCUUCACAGAAACUGCAGUCCUACCCUCCACCUCCAAGGGCAGCACCACAGGGCCAUUGCAAACUGCCUCAAGUGCCCUCUGAGGAAGGGUAUUAACGGCUCACAAAUGCCCUCUGUGCCCUGCCCCCAACCCCUUGGUCAGAAGCUUCAUUCACUGUUCCAUUUGAGACCUGCACCCCUUGUUC